AUGGCCUUCAGUAGGUCUUCCCACCUGCUGAGGCACCAGCGAGUCCACACUGGGGAGAGGCCGUACUCCUGCCUUCAGUGCGGAAAGUGCUUUACCCAGCCCUCCAACCUGCUGACCCACCAGCGGAUCCACACCCGCGAGAGACCGUUCUCCUGCCCCGAGUGCGGGAAGGGUUUUGCUGUUUCCUCUAACCUCGUGGCCCACCGGCAGGUCCACACAGGGGCGAGGCCAUUCAGCUGCCCCGAGUGCGGGAAGGCCUUCAGCAAUUCCUCUGCCCUGCUUAGGCACCAGCGCAUUCACACCGGAGAGAAGCCGUUCUCCUGCCCAGAGUGCGGGAAGGGCUUUACCCGCUCCUCCACACUACUGACCCACCAGCGGGUCCACACAGGGGAGAGGCCAUUCAGCUGUCCCGAGUGCAGGAAGGCCUUCAGCGAUUCCUCCGCUCUGCUGAAGCACCAGGGUUCAGCCCUGGGCGGUGACUCACAGCAGCUGGCCCCGUCACUUGUGCCACCGCUGGUGCUGCAGCAGGUGCUGGGACCGAGCGAAGCCCCUCCCGCAGACGGAGCAGCAGAGUGGGACGUCAGAGGGAGCGUCGAACCUGGAGGGAGGCCGCGCCGUGGGAAACCGUGGAAGUGUGGGGAAUGCGGGAAGGGGUUUCGAGUCCCCUCUGAGCUGGAGACCCACCGGCGCGGUCACACCGGGGAGAGGCCGUUCUCCUGCCCCGAGUCCGGCAAGGCCUUCAUUGGGUCCUCCAAGCUGCUGAGGCACCGGCGGGUCCACACCGGGGACAGGCCGUACCCCUGCCCCGGGUGUGGCAAGGCCUUUACCCAGGCCUCCAACCUCCAGACCCACCGGCGGGUCCACACCGGGGAGAGGCCCUUCAGCUGCCCCGAGUGUGGGAAGGCCUUCAGGAAUUCCUCCCACUUGCUGACCCACCAGCGGAUCCACACGGGGGAGAGGCCCUUCAGCUGCCCUGAAUGUGGGAAGGCCUUCAGCACAUCCUCCACCCUGCGGAGUCACCAGUGGGUCCACACGGGGGAGAAGCCCUUCAGCUGCCCCGAGUGUGGGAAGGCCUUCAGCAAUUCUGCUAACCUGCUAAGCCAACAGCAGGUCCACACUGGGAAGAGGCUGUUCCCUUGCACAGAGUGUGGGAAGGCCUUCAGGUAUUCUUCUCACUUACUGACCCACUGGCGGGUCCACACCGGGGAGAGGCCUUUCAGCUGCCCCGAGUGUGGGAAGGCCUUCAGCCAUUCCACCAACCUGCUGACCCACCGGCGGGUCCACACAGGGGAGAGGCCGUUCCCAUGCCACGUGUGCGGGAAGGCCUUCAGCAUUUCCUCCCACCUGCUGAGGCACCAGCGGGUCCACACGGGGGAGAGGCCCUUCAGCUGCCAUGUGUGUGGGAAGGCCUUCACCCGCUCCUCCCACCUGCGGAGCCACCAGCGAAUCCACCGCCGUGUCCACACUGGGGAGAGGCCGUUCAGCUGCUCCGAGUGCGGGAAGGGCUUCACCCAGUCGUCUAUCCUGCUGACCCACCAGCGUUUCCACACCGGGGAGCGGCCCUUCACCUGCCCCGUCUGCGGCAAGUGCUUCACCCAGUCGUCCACCCUGCUGACCCACCAGCGGGUCCACACCAGGGAGCGGCCCUUCACCUGCUCCAUCUGCGGCAAGGGCUUCACCGACUCCUCCCACCUGCUGACCCACCAGCGGGUCCACACCGGGGAGAGGCCGUUCAGCUGCUCGGUCUGCGGCAAGAGCUUUACCCAGUCGUCCAACCUGCUGCAGCACCAGCAGGUCCACACCGGGGAGUGGCCCUUCACCUGCUCUGUCUGCGGCAAGGGCUUCGCCCGCUCGUCCGACCUGCUAACCCACCAGCGGGUCCACACGGGGGAGCGUCCCUUCACCUGCUCCGUCUGCGGCAAGAGCUUCUCUCACUCGUCCACCCUGCUGCGGCACCAGCGGCUUCACACCGGGGAGCGGCCCUUCACCUGCUCCGUCUGCGGCAAGGGCUUCACCCAGUCGUCCCACCUGUUCUCACACCAGCAGGUCCACACCGGGGAGCGGCCCUUCACCUGCCCCGUCUGCGGGAGGGGCUUCGCUUCCUCUCAGCACCUGCUGCGGCACCAGCGGGGGCACAAGUGACGGGGCCAGCCGCUGUGAGUCACCGCCCAGGGCUGAACCCUGGGUGGGAUGGGGGAGGGUCACUGCAGUUGCUGUGCUCUCAUCCCCUUGGCAUCCAGUGGUUCUGCGAGCCUGCGACUGCGCAUUUCCUCCUGAAGUGGAGAUGUACAACACAGAAACAGACCCUUCGCUCCAACUCCUCCAUAUCCUCAACUAAUCAAGUCCCAUUUGCCAGCAAUUGGCCCUAUCCCUCCAAACCUCUCCUUACACAGAUACCCAAGUGGAUGCCUUUUAAAUGUUGCAAUUGUACCAGCCUCCACCACUUCCUCUGGCAGCUCAUUCCGCACGCACACACCACCCUCUGUGUGAAAAAUGUUGCCCCUUAGGACCCUUUUUAAAUCUUUCCCCUCUCACCCUAAACCUAUGCCCUCUAGUUCUGGCAAAAGACUUUGUCUAUCCCUAUCCAUGCCCCUCAUGAUUUUAUAAACCUCUCUUAAAGUCAACCCUCAGCCUCCGACGUUCCAGGGAAGACAACCCCAGCCUGUUCAGCCUCUCCCUGUAGCUCAAACCCUCCAACCCUGGCAACAUCCUUGUCAAUCUUUCUGAACCCUUUCAAGUUUUGCAACAUCCUUCCGAUAGACCAGAAGUGCACAUAAUACAGAGGAACUUCGAUUAUCCAGAAUUAGAUGAACCAGCACGGUGGCUCAGUGGUUAGCGCUGCUACCUCACAGUACCAGGGACCCUGGUUUCAUUCCUGCCUCAGGUGACAGACUGUGUGGAGUUUGCACAUUCUCCCCGCGUCUGCGUGGGUUUCCUCCUAGUGCUCCGGUUCCGUCCCACAGUCCAAAGAUGUGCAGGUCAGGGUGAAUUGGCCAUGCUAAAUUGCCCGUAGUGUUAGGUACAUUAGUCAGAGGGAAAUGGGUCUGGGUGGGUUACUCUUCGGAGGGUCAGUGUGGACUGGUUGGGCCUGUUUCCACACUGUAAGGGAUCUAAUCGUCAAGCGACUGAAAUACACCCUGCAUGUGUCCUUUGGAUAAUCGAGGUUCCUGUGUAUUCCAAAAGUGGCCUAACCAACGUCCUGUCCAGACCCCAACCCCUAUACUCAGUGCUGUGA